AUGUCCCGCCGAGCACCACCCCGCAACUACGACGAGCAAGAUGAGUUCUACGAAAUGGAACGAGAGCGUGAGCGACACCACAAGCCGCGCCGACGAGAUCGCGGCUACGAGGAAGAGGAAUAUCGUCGGCGAAGGUCCGAACCUCUAGUUGAGGACAUGGAGCAUAUGCACAUCCGAGAACGUCCUAGGCGAGACUUCAUGGAAGAGAGAUUUGCGCCGCCGCGAAUGCGGGAUGACGUGGUUCGCAUGCGGACAAGGGAGGAGGUAGAUAUGGUCUCGCCUGAGCGUUCUAUGCGCCUAGACCGCGAUGAUGUCUACAUGCGGCCGCCUGAGCCUCGGCGCAGACCUCGUCCUCGUGAAGUAGACGAGGAGGAGCUUAUUUUUGAGGAGCGAGAGAGGCGCCGGGGUAGUCAACGUCAUCCGCGAGAGGUUGACGAGGACUUGAUUUUUGAGGAGACAGAAAGGCGUGGGGAUAGGAGGCAUCGUCCUGAACGAGAGCGAGAAGUUGAAGAUGAUUUCAUCGACGAAAGACGAGACAGAAUGCAUCGCCCAGAGCGAGUACCUGAAGAGGAUUUUAUGUUUGAGGAACGAGUAAAGGAGAGAGGCAGUGGUAGGAGGCGUCGCCCAGAGCCAGAAUUUGAUGAGGAUGAGGAACUUAUCAUCGAACGGGAAAGAGCUCGAGGAAGUAGGCGCCAUCCCCGGGAAAUUGAAGAGGAAGAUUUGAUCAUCGAAGAUAGAGAAAUGCACAGAGGGAGCAGGCGUCACCCAGAACGAAGGUCGGAAGACGACCUUCUCUUCGAGGAGAGAGAAAAACGCCGCAGGCGACGUCCAGAAAGGGAGCUGGAAGAGGAUCUCUUAGUUGACGAGCGGGGGAAACCUGGAGGAAGAAGAUACCGACCCGAGCCUGAAUUUGAGGAAGAGGAGAUGUUAAUCCGACGGAAAGAACGGGAAGAACCGCCUUUACGCCGCGGAUGGGACAGCGAACUCAACAUUCGAUCGCGUGAAAGGAGAUUGGAAUUCGAGGAAGAAGAAACAUACCACCGACCACGGCCACGGGUACGGCCUCCACCUCCCCAAAGGGUCGAGGUAGAAGAAGUCGUUCGCGAUGCACCCCCAGGGCGACGCCGAGGCCCAAUCGAAUUUUCAGAUCAAGAAUCUGAAGACGAUGUGCUCACCCGACGGAAGGACAAAGGACCACGACCAAUUGACCGUGUUGACGAGGAAAUCAUUACACGCGAACGACGUGACAGACGACGCAGUGUACCUUCGGAGGAUCUCGAACGCGAAUUAAGGGGUCUUCGGCGAGAUGUUAGACAACAAGUCCCAGUGAAUGAAGAGCUUAGUAUGCGUGCGCAGGCCGACUCCAAGUCACGCUCUCGAGACCUUGAAGAGGUUAGGGAAGAGAUCAGUAUUCGGAAAACAAAGGAUAAGCUCCCAUCUCGCCAACCUUCGCCUUCUUUGGAUUCGAUACAUGUACCUCCAAUCCACCAAGACGUCUUUACCCACCACAGACACCUUGACCAUGGCUAUAAAGACGCCCACACACCUCGUGCGCGCAGUCCGGAGCCGCGAUCCCGGAGAGGUAGCUUUGAUGAGAUUGAUGUUCACCAUCGGAAAACGCGAGGGGGACGAGUGUCAGAGGAAAACAUACUCAAACACCGUGACAGUGAAGAGUCUCUUACUCCGGAAGAUUCGAUAUCUCCGACUAGCAGCCCAGCUCUUGAUUUCACAGAUCCAUGGGAGCGGGAAGCCAUAUCCGCAGCUCAUCGUCGACCCAAGCCACUAGACAAGAGCGAGUUAGCUCACGGCCUAAAGAACACUCCUUCCAUGCGUGACGUGGAAGAGGAUAUAAUGAUCGAGAGCACUCGGAUAGCGGACACGGCCCCCAGAGGCACAGACGACUGGUCUGUGGUACAUGCUCCAUCCCAGGAGGAAGCCAUUGAGAUGACCGGAGCCCUGGACGUUGUGGAGGUCAAACCCCGACAUGUGCCAGUGGAUGAAGUCGAAGUGGGACGAGUUGCUCAGCAUGUCACAGAGCCGGAGGAGACACGAAAUGACCGGUGGACCGAGAUAUCUAGGAAACUGAUAGUAAGGGAAGCCAUUGAACGCAUGGGAUUCGAGUAUGAAGAGACGAGGGCAUCCUACUAUAUCUUCUCCUACCUCAAGUCGGAGGACAUAGACGAGCUUGUUGAAUUGUCCGACGAGAUUCGAAGUGCUCGUCGUAGACGCAUUCGUGAUAUUCAGCGGGAGCGAGCCUCUGUGCCUGAUACCAUACCCCAUAUUAGACCUCGUGUGGGAAUGCCUCCGCGGGUACGGAUGGUGGAGAAGCGCAUGCGGGAUAUUCGAGAUCGAGAAUGGAUGGAUGCUCGGAGGUAA